AUGCAGUUGUCCAAGGUAAAGUGGAAGCAAAGAAGGGGGGCUUACCUGGGGUUAGUAGGGAGCACUGGCGAGGAGGAGAGGAGAGCGAACAGUGAGAGGUAUAAGGUAGCUAGGAAGGAGGCGAAGAUGGCAGUCACGGAGGCUAAGACUGCAGCUUUUGCUCGUCUGUAUGAGGAACUAGGGAACAAAGAUGUUGUUGGUCAGGUUGUGACCUAUGAAGAUGUUAAGACCUAUAAGCAAGGAGACGACCAAAGUGUCUUUAUUAAUGUUGUACUCGAGGAUGAUCAGAGGAACAGGAUUGUGGCAACCUUAUGGAGCGAACUUGUGGAUCAAAUUCAACUUCACUUGAAUGAAUCUACCGAUGAGCCUUUGAUUGUUGUUUUCCAGCAUAUGAAAACUCAAAAAUUUCGAGGUAAUUACUCUGUGCGUAGCUGUUGGUAUCAGACAAAGAUAUGGAUAAAUUCUACGUUGCCGCAGUCUAUUGACUUUAAAUCCAGAUUACUUGGAGCACGUCAAUCAAACAUUGAGCGAAUCACUCAAACAAGUUCGCAGCAAAGUUACUCUGUUAGAGAUGAGUUAGACAAAGGAAUUGUACUGUUUAAAACUAUUAGGGAUUUAGUUCAGUGCACGCAAGAAUGUAGCUAUUGGAUUGCGGCAAAAUUGGUUAAUUUGGAACUUGACCGGGGAUGGUUAUACUUGGCAUGCAACAAGUGUAGUCGAAAGGUUGAUAAAGUUGGAAAUAAAUACUUUUGUAAGAAUUGCAAUGAAGAAGAUAUUUCAUUUACUCACAGGUAUAGGCUUCAAGUUCGUGUUAUGGAUGGAACCGCUUUUAUCUCAUUGUUGCUUUGGAAUCGCGAAGCUAUGCAGCUUAUAGGGAAGUCCGCAAAAGAACUUAAGGAAAGAUUACUUGAGGUUAUUGUUAAGCAAGAGAAUAUUGAGUAUCAGGUCGAAGUCUUCAAAGUUCUUAAGCUUACUGAUGAUGAUGACCUUCUAAAGGAAUACAACCACAGUUUAUUCGAAGACAAUAUCACUGAUCUAAUGGCCGAAAGUCAGCUGAAGUCUGUUUUGCAAACUCCCAUUGAGAAAAGCUUAUCAGAAAGUGGAUCGUCGGUGUUAGAAGAUAGUGAUGCUUGCAAUGAAAAAAUAUCUCCUUUGAAGACGUAUGACAAGAAGACUAGAUCCGCUAAUAAGGCAUUAGCAGUAGGACCGGAAGAUGACUUCAAUUCUCUAACUCUCUAG